AUGGCCAUGGCUAACGCUAUCACCGCGUCUGUAAAUACGGCUACAAAGUCAGUGUCCAGGGUCAAACAGCCAAUGUUUUCUCAGUUACGUCGCCCUAUUCGACAUCUGAAAGCAAAUGGAGCACGGCAAGUGACUCAGAACCAAACCCUUCACCACUUCAUUGUUAGUCAACACCUUCCUCAAGCUUUUCCAACCAGUCCAGCUGGGGUAAUGGUAUUUGCAUCAGGCAUGUCACUGGAAACGAACCGUUACUCAUUGCCACCUCUACGCAGCGGCUCCCUGCAAAUCGGCAACAUGGAUGAGACGUCAGUGCCAACUGCAAGAAGGAGACAGUACUAG